AAAGGAAACUGCAAAGAAUAUUUUGUUCGACAGUGUAGGCUAUGCCAUGUAUAUAUCUCGCAAACUACUAAUACUACUACUAAUACAAUUGAAACUAUGUAUUUUACAUGGCUUGAUUCAACCAUCACUUUGCGGGUGGUGUGUGGCAGCCUCAGACUUCCGCUGGCAGUGCAGAUUCAGCAAAGCAGGUCAUCUUCACCGGAGCCUCUCGACUCACCAGCUAUUUAAACAUCCCAAAGCCGGAUACAGACCAAGGCGCUGCCUUUCGACGGCUCUUUAAAUUUAAACAGGGAUUUUGUGAAACGGGCCGGCGGACAUUCGCAAGUCAACCAGGUAGCAGUAUUUAUGGCUGUAUAACAAGUCGCGGAGAGGUACCGCGGUUGGACCAGUGCAGUCAAGGUUGUUAACGCCAUGGAGGAGCUGAAGGAAAGUACUAAGAGGUAUCCGUUGUUGCGGGCUGCAUCUGAGGAGAGCUCCAGUGAGCUAAGCAGCUUUCCAUUCCCAGGAGACACUCUGCCCUGGAACCUCCCUAAACACCACCGGAUCAAACGCUCCAAGUCUGCUUCUGGAGACGUGCACGUGCACGUGCUGGACCCGGCGGAGAGGGCUGUCUUUCGUAUCGCAGAUGAACGGGACCGGGUACAGAAAAAGACCUUCACGAAAUGGGUCAACAAGCACUUGAUAAAGGCCCAGCGGCAUAUCACUGACCUGUACGAGGACCUCAGAGAUGGACACAACCUCAUCUCCCUGCUGGAGGUGCUCUCUGGAGAGACACUGCCGAGGGAGCGUGACGUUGUCAGGAACUCGCGGUUGCCCAGGGAGAAGGGGCGCAUGCGCUUCCACAAACUGCAGAAUGUACAGAUCGCACUGGACUUCCUCAAACACAGACAGGUUAAACUGGUCAACAUCAGGAAUGAUGACAUCGCCGAUGGAAACCCCAAGCUGACCCUGGGCCUGAUAUGGACCAUCAUCCUUCACUUCCAGAUCUCAGACAUCCAGGUGAAUGGCCAGUCAGACGACAUGACGGCGAAGGAGAAGCUGCUGCUGUGGUCCCAGCGCAUGGUGGAGGGAUACCACGGGAUGCGCUGCGACAACUUCACCACCAGCUGGAGGGACGGCAAGCUCUUCAACGCUGUCAUACACAAACACAGCCCUACUCUGAUUGACAUGAGUAAGGUGUACCGACAGACUCAUGUAGAGAACCUGGAGCAGGCCUUCAGUGUGGCAGAGAGAGACCUGGGCGUCACUCGGCUGCUCGACCCAGAAGAUGUGGAUGUGCCACACCCAGACGAGAAGUCCAUCAUCACAUACGUGUCCUCCCUGUAUGACGUCAUGCCCUGUGUACCUGACGUCCAGGAUGAGGUGAAAGCCAAUGAGCUGGAGCUGCGCUGGCAGGAGUACUAUGAGCUGGUGACCCUGCUGCUGCAGUGGAUCAGACACCACAUCAUCGUGUUUGAGGAGAGGAAGUUCCCUACCAGCUAUGAGGAGAUUGAGGUUCUUUGGCGCCAGUUUCUGAAGUUCAAGGAGACAGAGCUGCCUGCAAAGGAAGCAGACAAGAAUCGAUCCAAACACAUCUACAUGUCUUUUGAGGGUGCAGUUCAGGUGGGUAAUGUCAAGGUUCCCCCUGGGUACCAGCCUAUUGAUGUGGAGAAGGAGUGGGGUCGUCUCCAUGUAGCCAUACUGGAGAGAGAGCGUCUUCUAAGGACAGAAUAUGAGAGGCUGGAGCGGCUGCAGAGGAUUGUCAGUAAGGUCCAGAUGGAGUCCGGGUUGUGUGAGGAGCAGCUCAACCAGGUUGAGGGUUUGCUACAGAUGGAUGUCCGUUUGCUGAACUCAGGAAAGCCUGCUAUGCACACAGCAGAGGUAGAGACAGACCUGGACGAGGCAGAGGGCAUGAUCCGCUACCUCUUCAACGACGUGCAGCUGCUGAAGGACGGACGCCACCUACAAGCUGAACAGAUGUACCGCAGAGUGUACCGUCUCCACGAGCGGCUGGUGAACCAGCGCAGUGAGUACAACCUGAGCCUGAAGUCCGGAGUGACUACCACCCAGAUAUCCAUGUCCCAGAUGCAGACCCUUCAGCAGGUUCCCAUGAGGGUGCGUCCCGAGCUGGAUGAGGUGACCCUGUGCUACAUCCAGGACCUGCUGGCUUGGGUUGAGGAGAACCAGAGGUGGGUGGACCAGGGGGAAUGGGGCUCGGACCUGCACACCGUGGAGUCCCGGCUGGGCAGCCACCGCGGCCUGCACCAGUCAGUGGAGGAGUUCCAUGCUAAGAUCAACAGAGCAAAAGCAGACGAGAGUCAGCUCUCCCCUGUCAGCAAAUGUGCCUACAGAGACUACUUACCCAAGCUGGAGUUGCAUUAUAGCAAGCUUCUGAGUUCUUCCAAGGCUCGUCUGUGCAGCCUGGAUGAGCUUCAUGCCUUUGUCACUGCAGCCACCAAGGAGUUGAUGUGGCUGAAUGAGAAAGAGGAGGAGGAGGUUAACUAUGACUGGAGCGAACGCAAUACCAACAUGAAUGCCAAGAAAGACAACUACUCGGGGUUGAUGAAAGAGCUGGAGCACAGAGAGAAGCGGGUCAACAGUGUCCAGGUCCAAGGAGACAAACUGCUGAAGGAGGGUCACCCUGCCAAGAAGUCUGUAGAGGCCUUCACUAAAGCCUUGCAGACCCAGUGGAGCUGGAUCCUGCAGCUUUGCUGUUGCAUCGAGUCCCACCUGAAAGAGAACACCUCCUACUUCCAAUUUUUCUCAGACGUGAAAGAGGCAGAGGAGAAGAUGAAAAAGAUGCAGGAGACUAUGAAGAAGAAGUACACGUGUGACCGUAACAUCACUGUCACACGACUCGAGGACUUGUUACAGGACGCAGUUGAUGAGAAGGAGCAACUGAAAGAGUUUAAGACCCACUUGAAUGGGCUGAACCGGAGGGCCAAGACCAUUGUCCAGCUGAAGCCACGCAACCCUGGUACACCAGUCAAGGGUAAAGUGCCUGUCCAGGCCAUCUGCGACUUCAAACAGACGGAGAUCACGGUCCACAGAGGGGAAGAGUGUGCGCUGAUGGACAACUCUCAGCCGUACAAGUGGAAAGUACAGAACCCCAAAGGCAGCGAGGCUACUGUGCCCUCCAUCUGUUUCCUGGUUCCACCCACCAAUAAGGACGCAGUGAGCGGUGUCUCAGGUCUGAACGAAAGUCACCAGAACCUGCUGGCCCUGUGGCAGAUGCUGCACGUGGACAUGAAGAGCCUCAUGUCCUGGCAGUACCUGAUGAGAGACAUCCACCUCAUCAGCUUAUGGAACAUUACCAUGUUUAGGACUCUGACGGUGGAGGAGUACAGGCUAGCAUUGAGGAACCUGGAGCUCCACUACCAAGACUUUCUAAGAGACAGCCAGGACUCCCAGGUCUUUGGGGCAGAUGACCGAAUGCAGGUGGAGAGUGGCUACCAAAAGGCCAGCCAGCACUACGAAGGACUGCUGCACUCUGUGGAGAAAGGUGAGGAAGAUGAAUCUGAGUGCCGGAGCUACCUGACCAAGAUCAAGAACCUGCGUCUGAAGCUGGAGGUCUGUGAGACUCGCACCAUUACACGUCUGCGUCAGCCCGUGGACAAGAACCCGCUCAUGGCUUGCGCACAGAGGACCACUGAGCAGAAGAAAGUCCAGUCAGAGUUGGAGGACUUGAAGAAAGAACUGACCAAUAUGGCUGAGAAGACAAAGAAGGUGCUGGCAUCCUCUCAGCAGUCCAGCUCCGCCCCAGUACUGUGCUCUGAGCUGGAUAUUACGCUGAAGAAGAUGGAGCACGUCUACAGCCUGUCCUCCGUGUACCUGGACAAACUGCAAGCCAUCGACAUAGUGAUCUGCAGCACAAAGGGAGUAGAGGACACCCUCAAAAAGUACGAAGCCCGUUUACGUGAUGUCAAUAAGAUGCCAACAGACGAAAAAGAGGUGGAGAACUACCGCACCCAGCUAAAGACAAUGCUUGGCGAGGCCGAGGAUGACCAGAAUACGUUCGACACUCUCCAGGAGGAACUGCAGAAGGCGAUGGUCGUAAACGAGCGGAUGACGCAGGUCCACAGCGAGCACGAUGCCGAGCUGGAACACUUUCGCCAAGUAGUGGCUGUGCUAGAGGAGCGCUGGCAGGCCGUGUUCGCCCAGAUAGACCUGCGCCAACGCGAGCUGGACUUGCUGGGGAGGCAGAUGCACUCCUACCACGAGAGCUAUGACUGGCUCAUCAGAUGGCUCAAUGAUGCCAAGCAGAGGCAGGAGAAAAUCCAGGCUGUGCCCAUCGGUGACAGCAAGGUCCUCAAGCAGCAGUUGGCACAGGAGAAGAAACUCCUAGAAGAGAUCGAGAAAAACAAAGAUAAGGUUGAGGAGUGUCAAAAACAUGCAAGGUCAUAUAUUGAUGCAGUCAAGGACUAUGAGCUUCAGUUGGUGACGUACAAAGCUCUAAUGGCACCUAUGGCUUCGCCCCUAAAGAAAACCAAAAUGGAGUGUGCAUCUGACAAUAUCAUCCAAGAGUAUGUGACUCUGAGAACCCGCUACAGUGAACUGAUGACUCUGACCAGCCAGUACAUCAAGUUCAUUAUGGAGACACAGCGCCGACUUGAGGAUGAGGAGACAGCUACUGAAAUACUAAAGAAGGAGGAGAGAAAAAAGUUGGCUGAGAUGCAGGCUGAAUUAGACAAACAAAGGCAGUUAGCUGAGGCACACAUCAAAGCUAUCACUAAAGCGGAACAAGAAGCCCAGGAACUCAAGUUAAAGAUGAAAGAAGAGGUCAGCAGGAGGGAGGUUGUGAAAGUAGAUUCUGAGAAACAGAAGCACAACAUACAGCAGGAGCUGCACGAACUCAAGAACCUGUCAGAGCAGGAGAUCCAAACCAAGAGCCAGCAGGUUGAGGAGGCACUGUAUAGUCGUACCAAGAUGGAGGAGGAGAUCCAUAUCAUCAGAAUCCAAUUAGAGACUACCAUAAAGCAAAAAGCCACAGCUGAGGCCCAACUUCAGCAGCUCAGGGACAUGGCUGCCGAGGCUGAGAGACUGAGGAAAGUUACUCAGGAGGAGGCAGAGAAGCUUCGCAAGCAGGUGAAUGAAGAGACUCAGAAAAAGCGCAACGCAGAGGAGGAGCUGAAUCGCAAAACAGAGGCAGAACAAGAAGCUGCCAAGCAAAAGCAGAAGGCCCUGGAUGAGUUGCAGAAGUUCAAAAUGCAAGCUGAAGAGGCAGAGAGGCGCAUGAAACAGGCAGAAGAGGAGAAGCAUAGGCAGGUCAUGGUUGCGGAGGAGGUGGCACAGAAGAGUGUCACCACCGAACUGCAGACCAAACGUAUGUCCUUUAAUGAGAAGGCAGUAAAGCUUGAGGCAUCACUGAAACAAGAACAGGUCACUGUUAUUCAGUUGCAGGAAGAGGCAGAGUAUCUCAAGAAGCAACAAGAAGAUGCCAACAAAGCCAGGGAGGAAGCAGAGAAGGAGCUUGAAAAGUGGAGGCAGAAAGCCAAUGAGGCACUCCGUUUGAGGCUCCAGGCUGAGGAAGAAGCCCACAAGAAGAGCCAGGCUCAGGAGGAAGCAGAGAAACAGAAAGAGGAAGCUGAGCAAGAGGCAAAGAAAAGGGCUAAGGCUGAAAAGGCUGCUCUUAAGCAAAAGGAAAUGGCAGAGAAGGAGCUGGAUAAACAGAGGAAAUUGGCAGAGGGAACAGCACAGCAGAAACUCUCUGCAGAACAAGAGUUAAUUCGCCUAAGGUCUGACUUUGACCAUGGUAAGCAACAGAGGUCUUUAUUGGAUGAAGAGCUCCAGCGCCUGAAAAAUGAGGUGAAUGCUGCAGUAAAAGAAAGGAAACAGCUAGAAGAUGAACUGGCCAAAGUGAGAAGUGAAAUGGAAGUUCUUCUUCAGCUGAAGUUGAAAGCUGAGAAGGACACCAUGUCUACAACAGAGAAAAGCAGAAAUCUCCUCGAGUCUGAGGCAUCAAAAAUGAGGCAACUAGCUGAAGAGGCGACUAAGCUGAGAUCAAUCGCUGAAGAGGCAAAGAAGCAGAGGCAGGUAGCGGAGAAUAAUGCGGCUCGGCAAAGAGCAGAGGCUGAGAAGAUACUCAAGGAAAAACUGGCAGCCAUUAAUGAAGCAAUUGGCCUGAAAACUGAAGCUGAGAUUGCCCUGAAGGAUAAAGAGGCAGAAAAUGAGAGACUUAGGAGAAAAGCCGAAGAUGAGGCUUAUCAGAGAAAGGUCUUAGAAGACCAAGCAAAACAGCACAAGCAAGACAUUGAUGAAAAGAUCACCCAGCUUAUGAAGACUUCUGAUUCUGAAUUGGAGAGGCAGAAGAAGAUUGUAGAGGAAACUCUUAAGCAGAGGAGGGUGGUCGAGGAGGAGAUUCGCAUCCUAAAACUAAACUUUGAGACUGCAUCAACAGGCAAGUUGGAUCUUGAAUUGGAGUUGAACAAGCUUAAAGGCAUUGCAGAUGAGACACAUAAGAACAGAGUCAAGGCUGAGGAAGAGGCAGAGAAACUCAGAAAGCUUGCUUUAGAGGAGGAGAACAAAAGAAAACAAGCUGAAGAGAAAGUUAAAAAGAUCACUGCUGCAGAGGAAGAAGCAGCGCAACAAUGCCAUGCAGCUCAGAAAGAGGUUGAGCGCCUCAAAACGAUUGCUGCCGAUGCUAACAAGCAGAAGGACAAUGCUGACAAAGAAACAGAGAAACAGAUUAUUCUAGCCAAAGAGGCUGCACAGAAAUGUAGUGAUGCAGAAAAGAGAGCACAGGAUGUUCUGGUCAAGCAGAAAGAGGACAAUCUUUCCCAGGGCAAGCUCAAAGAGGAGUUUGAAAAGGCUAAGAAACGUGCUCAAGAAGCUGAGAAGGCCAAGGAGAAAGCUGAGAAAGAGGCUGCUUUACUCCGUCAAAAAGCAGAGAAUGCUGAGAAACAGAAGAAAGCAGCUGAAGCUGAGGCUGCCAAACAGGCCAAGGCUCAGGGGGAUGCUGUGAGACUGAAGAAGGAAGCAGAGCAGGAGGCUGCAAAGCGAGCAGAAGCUGAGGCUUCUGCUCUGAAACAGAAGCAGCAGGCAGACGCAGAGAUGGCCAAGCACAAAAAGCUAGCUCAACAAACAUUGAAGCAGAAGACACAAGUUGAGCAGGAGCUAGCAAAGGUGAAACUGCGACUGGAUGAGACUGAUAAGCAGAAAUAUGUUUUAGAUGAGGAGCUUCAGCGCCAGAAGGAUGAAGUUAGCAAUGCAGUCAAGCAGAAAGUUCAAGUUGAGGAUGAGCUAUUUAAGGUCAAGGUCCAGAUGGAGGAGCUGGUCAAACUUAAGCUUAGAAUUGAGAAUGAGAAUCAACGUCUCAUGAGUAAAGACAAAGCUAAUGCUCAGAAAUUCCUGGAAGAGGAAGCUGAGAACAUGAAGAAGCUAGCAGAGGAUGCUGCCAGGCUAAGCUUAGAAGCUCAGGAGGCAGCCCGAGAGAGACAGAUUGCAGAGUCCGAGCUUGCCGAACAGAGGGCUCUUGCUGACAAAAUGCUGAAGGAGAAUAUGCAAGCUAUCCAAGAAGCAACUAAACUGAAAGCUGAGGCAGAGAAGCUCCAGAAACAAAAGGACAAGGCUCAGGAGCAGGCCCAAAAACUGCUGGAGGACAAGCAGCAAAUGCAGCAGCGUCUUGAUGAGGAGACAAAGGGCUUCCAAAAAUCUCUAGAGGCUGAGCGCAAGAGGCAGCGUGAAACAACUGCAGAAGCAGAGAAAUUGAAGCUUAGGGUGACACAGCUCAGUGAUGCUCAGUCCAAAGCAGAGGAGGAGGCCAUGAAAUUCAAAAAACAAGCUGAUGAGAUCAGAGUUUGUCUCCAAGAGAAAGAGCAAAAUGCUUCAGAAAAAGUCAUUGUAGAUAAACUGGAGGGGCAGAGAUUACAGAGAAGCAAACAGUCUGAUGAGUUAUGUAAAACCAUAGCUGACCUUGAGAAAGAAAAGGAGAAAUUACAAAAAGAGGCUGCAGAUCUACAGACUAAGUCUAAAGAGAUGGCCAAUGCCCAACAAAAACAAAUUAAAAAGGAAAAGAUAAUUAUUGAGCAGACUAUCCUGACAGAAAAAGAAAUGUUGCUGAAAAAAGAAAAGCUCAUUGAGGAAGAGAAAAAUAAGCUUGAGAAACAGUUUGAGGAUGAGGUCAAGAAGGCCAAAGCCCUCAAAGAUGAGCAGGAUCAUCAAAGGAAGCAGAUGGAACAGGAGAAGAAGAAACUCCAGGCUACCAUGGAUGCCGUUUUGAAAAAGCAGAAGGAUGCUGAGGAGGAGAUGUGCAAUAAGCAGAAAGAGAUGCAGGAUCUUGAAAAUAAAAGGCUUGAACAAGAGAAUUUGUUGAAUGAGGAGAAUACAAAGCUUCGUGAGAAGCUGCAGCAACUUUCUACACCUAAAAAGUCAGUAACACCCCACACUAAAGAAAGGGAGAUUCAAACUGAUGAGGUCCCUGAAGAUCAGCUAAUUGCAAUGACAAUGGUGGGGACUACAAAUAAAGUAUUCAAUGGGUCUGAAGUAGUAGAUGGUGCAAAGAAAAACAAAGAUUCACCAUUUGCUUUUGAUGGGAUUAGGGACAAGGUUCCUGCCAGCAGGCUCCAUGACAUUGGUAUACUGAACAAAACGGACUUUGACAAGCUGAAAACGGGGAAAACCACAGUGCAAGACCUGAGCAAGACCGAGAAGGUGAAAACAUGUCUCAAAGGCAAAAAUAGUGUUGGCGGAGUCUUGACCCCAGCCAAGCAGAAAAUGAGUGUGUAUCAGGCCAUGAAAGAGAAUAAACUUUCUCCUGGUGCUGCCACAAUGCUCCUUGAAGCUCAGGCAGCAUCUGGGUACCUCAUUGAUCCAGUGAAAAACAGAAUGCUCUCUGUGGAUGAAGCUGUAAAGGAGGAAUUAAUAGGUCCAGAACUCCAUAACAAAAUGCUUUCUGCAGAAAAAGCAGCUACUGGUUACAAAGAUCCUUAUACUGGAGACAAAAUCUCACUCUUUGAGGCCAUGAAAAAGGGUCUGAUUGAACAAGACCAGGCCGUUAGACUUCUGGAUGCUCAGAUUGCAACUGGUGGAAUAAUUGACCCUGUCAAUAGUCACCGUGUACCACUCCAGACAGCCUAUAAGCAGGGCCAAUUGGAUUCUGAGAUGAACAGAACUUUAUCAAACCCUACUGCUGACUCAAAGUUAUUCAUUGACCCAAGCACUCAGGAGAGCCUCACUUAUCAGCAACUAUUGGAGAGGUGCACCUCAGAUGCAGAGACAGGCCUACUUGUGUUACCAAUCACAGAGAGCGCUGCACAAAGUGACAAGACCUACACAACUGAAGAGACUAAAGAUGUACUCACUAAAGCAAAUAUCUCUGUUCUAUUUGGAAGAUUCCAAGGAAAGACUGUGACCAUUUGGGAAAUCAUUAACUCAGAGUAUUUUACAGAGCCACAGAGGAAGGAUCUGAUUCAUCAGUAUAAGACCGGAAAAAUCACAAUAGAAAAAUGUAUCAAAAUUGUCAUUAGUGUUGUGGAAGACAAAGAGAAGAAGAAUGAAAUUGUGUUUGAUGGUCUGAGGACUCCUGUCACUGCAGCUGAACUUCUAGAAUCAAAUAUCAUCAAUAAAGACUUGUUCAACAAAUUGCAUAAUGGCAAAACAACUGUCAUUGAAAUCUCUGAGAUGGAGUGUGUUAAGAAAGCCUUAAGAGGAACACCUAGCAUUGCUGGAGUGAUCGUUGAGUCAACCAAGGAGAAAAUACCAUUCUAUCAAGCCGUAAAGAAACAGAUGCUCUCUCCCGAGACUGCAUUGACUCUUCUUGAGGCUCAAGCUGGGACUGGAUUUAUAAUUGACCCUGUCAAAAAUCAGAAGCUCACUGUGGACGAGGCUGUUAAAUCAGGUCUUGUUGGUCCAGAGAUGCAUGAAAAACUUCUGUCUGCAGAGAGAGCUGUUAAUGGCUACAAAGAUCCCUACACUGGAAAGAAUGUAUCCCUAUUUCAGGCAAUGUUUAAAGACCUUAUUAAGAAAGACCAGGGUAUCCGUCUGCUAGAGGCUCAGCUUGCAACUGGAGGUAUAAUUGAUCCAGUCAAAAGUUAUCGCAUCCCACAUGAUGUUGCCUGUAAACGUGGAUAUUUUGAAGAAGAAAUGAACAAGACCUUGAGCAACAACACUGAUGAAACUAAAGUAUACUUUGAUCCUAACAUGUGGGAGAAUGCAUCUUAUGUACAACUCAUGAAAAAAUGUGUCACUGACAAAGAGACUGGUUUUCCAUUUCUUCCGCUCUCAGAGAAAGCAAUUCAAAAGUCAAAAGAGAAACAAAAGUCAAAAGAGGAUCAUCAAUACACUGAGUUCCAGAUCAAAGAUGCCUUGAAUCAGGCAACAAUGGAGCUGCAGUAUGGACCUUUCAAAGGAAGGAAAGUCACUAUUUGGGAGAUCAUACACUCUGAAUAUAUUACAGAGGAACAAAGAAUCGAGUUGAUUCAACAGUACAGAACUGGAACAGUGACUAUUGAAAGAAUUAUUACAAUCCUUGUCACAAUGGUUGAUAAAAAGGAGACCAAGAAACAGGAAAAAGAACAGGCCAGCUUUAAAGGUCUUAGAGUACCUGUCACAGCCAGCUCAUUGUUUGAAUCCAAAAUAAUUGAUAAAGCUACAUAUGAUCAACUCCAACAGGGCGAAAAGAAGCCGAAAGAAAUCAGUGACAUGGACUCAGUCAGGAAAUACUUGCAAGGAACAGAUGGACAGAUUGCAGGCAUCUAUAUGGGUGACUCAAAGGAAAAGGUUAGCAUUUAUCAAGCAAUGAAGAAAAAUAUAUUGAGACAAAAUACAGGUCUUGCAUUACUCGAGGUACAAGCAGCAACUGGUUUCAUUAUCGAUCCUGUCAAAAACCAGAGGUACACUGUGGAUGAUGCUGUGAAAGCAGGAGUCGUUGGUCCUGAGGUUCAUGAGAAACUUCUUUCAGCUGAGAAAGCAGUGACUGGUUUCAGAGAUCCAUACACAGGCAACAUUAUUUCCCUCUUCCAGGCCAUGAAGAAGGAGCUUGUGCUACGAGAACAUGCCAUUCCCCUGUUGGAAGCUCAGAUGGCCACAGGAGGGAUUAUUGACCCAGUCAGCAGCCACCGUGUUCCAAAUGAUGUGGCCUUCCAACGUGGCUAUUUCAAUAAGCAGAUGGCUAAGACCUUUACUGACCCCUCAGGGGAUAGCAAAGCCUUCGUUGAUCCCAACACUAAUGAAAGUUACACCUAUAAACAACUGCAAGAGAAAUGCAUAAGGGACCCAGAUACCGGUCUGUGCUUUCUGCCGCUAUCAAAGGCUGAAGCUCAAAGUCCAGUGGAAAAGUCCUACGUAUACACAGAAGAACAGGCACGGACAGACUUGAGUAACAGUCAAGUGGAUAUCCCUCAUCAGGCCUAUGGAGGGAAGGUAAUGACCCUAUGGGAUGUCAUGAUCUCAAACCUGCUCCCUGAGGAGGAAAAGCUAAGGCUCCUGGAACAGUAUCGCCGUGGGCAAAUCACAAAGGAGAGAAUGAUCAUCAUCGUCAUUGAAAUCAUUGAACAAAGGGAGAUACUGAAAGUAGAGCAGAGCAUGUCCUGUGAUGUGAUCAGACGAAGAGUCACUAUUGAGGAGCUCUACAGUUCUCGCAUUAUCGACCUUCAAACAUACAAUCUGUUAAAGCAAGAGAAGAAAACUAUCCGUGAGGUUAUGGAAAUGCCAUCUGUAAAGCAGUAUCUGUUUGGCACUGGCAGUAUUGCUGGAAUCCUCUCAGACUCCCCCUCUAAGGUCAGUAUUUACCAGGCAUUGAAGAGAGGUCUCAUUAAGCCUGAUUUUGCUACCAGUCUCCUGGAGGCCCAAGCAGCAACAGGAUUCAUCAUUGACCCUGUGAAAGAUGAAUUGCUAACUGUUGACGAGGCUGUGCGCAAAGGGAUAGUCGGCCCUGAAAUCCAUGACAAACUUCUUUCUGCCGAGAGGGCAGUCACUGGCUACAAGGAUCCUUACAGUGGAAAAGUAAUCUCUCUCUUCCAAGCGAUGAAAAAAUACCUUGUUCCUGAGGACUAUGCCCUGAGGCUCCUUGAAGCCCAGGCUUCCACUGGAGGCCUUAUGGAUCCAGAAUACUACUUCCACCUUCCCACAGAUGUUGCCAUGCAACGCGGGUACAUCAAUAAGGAAACAUAUGACAGGAUCACUGAUCCAAACUGUGAUGUAAAAGGUUAUGUUGAUCCAACCACAGAGGAGAGACAGACCUAUGCCCAACUGCUGAAGAGAUGCAAAGUUGAUAAAGAGAGUGGUCUGCGAUUACUUUCAAUGGCAGACAGAAGGCUGCUUUUUAAGGGUCUCAGAAAGAAAGUGACAUUGGAUGAGCUGCUUUGUUCGCAGAUUAUUGACCAAAAGACAUACAAUGAUCUCACUGAAGGCCUUAUCUCAGUAGAAGAGGUCAGCCGAGAAGUGAAGAAGUACCUUGAGGGCACAAGCUGCAUUGCCGGAGUAUAUGUAGAAUCUAGCAAAGACCGCCUGUCAAUCUACCAAGCAAUGAAAAAGAACAUGAUAAGACCCGGGACAGCCUUUGAACUUCUUGAGGCUCAAGCAGCAACAGGAUAUAUAAUUGACCCAAUAAAGAACCUGAAGCUGAAUGUUGGUGAAGCUGUUAAAAUGGGAGUCGUUGGUUCAGAGUUCAAAGACAAGCUCAUCUCUGCUGAGCGUGCCGUUACAGGCUACAGGGAUCCGUACUCUGGCAAGACCAUCUCUCUAUUCCAGGCCAUGAAAAAGGGUCUCAUUCUGAAAGAACACGGCAUUCGACUAUUGGAAGCCCAAAUUGCCACUGGUGGGAUCAUUGAUCCAGAAGAGAGUCACCGCUUGCCAGUUGAGAUGGCCUACACACGUGGUUUGUUUGAUGAGGAGAUGAAUGGCAUUCUUACAGACCCAUCUGAUGACACUAAAGGCUUCUUUGACCCUAACACUGAGGAGAACCUCACUUACCUGCAGCUGAUGGAGCGAUGCCUGAUUGACCCGGAAACUGGACUUGCACUUUUGCUGUUAAAAGAAAAGAAACGUGAGAGGAAGACAUCCUCCAAAUCGUCUGUGCGUAAACGUAGAGUAGUCAUUGUUGACCCAGAGACAGGCAAAGAGAUGUCUGUGUAUGAGGCAUAUCACAAAGGACUUAUAGAUCACCAGACUUACACGGAGCUUGCAGAGCAGGAGUGUGAGUGGGAGGAGAUUACUAUCUCCUCAUCUGAUGGUGUUGUGAAGUCCAUGAUCAUUGAUAGAAGGACUGGCCAACAGUAUGAUAUUGAUGAUGCCACCACAAAGGGCCUCAUUGACCAGUCUGCUCUGGAUCAGUACCGUGCUGGCACUCUGUCCAUCACAGAGUUUGCGGACAUGCUGUCCGGAAACAUAAGUGGCACCAGAUCUAGGUCAUCCUCCUUUGGGUCCACAUCAUCUCACUCCAAUAGUUCAGCCCCCUCUAUCAAACCCCCAGCAACAAUAUGGAAUGACCCAACAGAAGAAACCGGCCCUGUGGCUGGAAUACUGGAUACUGACACAUUGGAUAAGGUGUCAGUCACAGAAGCCAUGCACAGAAAUCUUGUGGACAAUAUCACAGGUCAAAGAUUGCUGGAGGCUCAGGCUUCCACUGGUGGCAUCAUUGAUCCAAAUACUGGAGAGAAAUUCUCAGUUGCAGAUGCAGUGAACAUGGGACUUGUGGAUAAGAUCAUGGUUGACCGAAUCAACCUGGCACAGAAGGCCUUCAAUGGAUUUGAGGAUCCCCGAACCAAAACAAAAAUGUCUGCUGCACAAGCAUUAAAAAAGGGGUGGUUGUACUUUGAGGCGGGUCAGAGAUUCCUAGAAGUACAAUAUCUAACUGGUGGUUUGAUAGAACCAGAGGUCAAUGGCAGAGUUCCACUGGACGUUGCUGUCAACAAGGGCACCCUAGAUGCACGUACUGCACAGAAGCUACGGGAUAUCAGUGGAUACUCCAAAUACCUCACCUGCCCCAAGACGAAGCUUAAGAUCUCAUACAAGGAUGCCAUGGAUAGAAGCAUGAUUGAGGAGGGUUCUGGUCUGCGUCUGUUGGAAGGCUCUUCUCAGUCAAGUAAAGGCCUUUACAGUCCUUACAGUGUUAGCGGUUCUGGGUCAGCAUCCGGUUCCCGGCCCGACUCAAGAACUGGCUCCAGGUCAGGCUCCAGACGAGGGAGCUUUGAUGCCACAGGUUCUGGCUUCUCCACUAAUUUCUCUUCCUCAUCCUUCAGCUCCACAAGCUAUGGGCGCAGAUAUAAUGCAGGAUUACAAAGCGGACUUAGUAUGGAUGAGCUAGCACAGGCCCUGACAUCACUAGCAAUGGGCAGGAACUGCAGUUCUGAAGAGAGAAUAUUUACCACAAUACAAACCAAUUACUCCCCAGUUGGAGCUAUAGGUAUCAUCGCUGCCCAUCCGGAAAUAUCACUCAUCAACUGCUUGAGAUUUUUGAAAGUCAAGAUUGAGUUGAUCACUAAAGAUAUGGAAGGGAAUGAAAAUGGCCAGGCACAAGGCACCGGUGCAGUAGCUGGAGUCUUCCUGGAGAAGACAAAGCAGAAGAUAACAAUAUAUCAGGCCAUGAAGAAACGUCUACUGAAGCCUGGCACAGCGUUGGCCCUGUUGGAGGCCCAGGCUGCCACUGAGGGAAUCAUAGACCUUAUCAACAACCGGAAACUUCCAGUAGAAGAAGCUGUCAAGGAAGGAAUAAUUGGACCUGAGAUGAGAGAAAAACUCCUUGUUGCCGAGAGAGCCAUUGAUGGCUACAUAGAUCCUUACACAAAUGAAAAAAUGUCUGUAUUCCAAGCCAUACAAAAGGAUGUGAUUUCAAAAAAUUAUGGAUCCCGGUUGCUUGAGGCACAGCUAUCCACAAAAGGCCUAUUUGACCCUGUUGAAAAAAAACAUGUUUCAGUGUACCUAGCGAUUGAGAAGGGACACUAUGAAAAAGGUUUACUCUCUGACCAGAUGGAAGACCUCAAAGUUUUCUAUGAUCCAAACUCACAAGAAAAUCUUAACUACUCACAUCUGAUAGAGAAAUGCAUAGUGGAUCCUGACACUGGCUUACUGCUGCUCCCAGUUUGCAUCACCUUCAAAGGCCUGCGAAGGGGGGUGUCCUCCACUGAGCUCCUGGCGGCAAACAUCAUUGACAAAGAGACCUAUGACGACUUGCAGAAAGGCAAAACAACCACUCAGGAUGUGAUGCUCAUGGAGACUGUGAAAGAGUACCUGGAAGGUAAAGGAGGUAUCUCUGGUGUAGCUAUGCUCUCGUCCAAUCAGAGAAUGAGUAUCUAUCAAGCCAUGAAGCAGGGCAUUCUUAUGCCUGGAACAGCACUAGUUCUUCUUGAGGCACAGGCUGCCACUGGAUUCAUGAUUGACCCUGUUCAGAACAAGAAAUUCAGUGUGGACGAGGCUAUUAAAAACAAAGUUGUGGGCCCUGACUACCAUGCUAAACUGCUCUCGGCUGAGCGGGCAGUCACAGGAUACAAAGACCCCUACACAGGUGAAACAAUAUCCCUGUUUCAGGCACUGUCAAAGAACCUAAUCGUGAAGGAGCAUGGGAUUCGCUUACUGGAAGCUCAAAUCGCCACAGGAGGAAUAAUUGAUCCCAUCAACAGUCACAGACUUCCUGUGGACGUGGCCUACAAGCGAGGUUUCUUUGAUGAAGACAUGAAUGCAAUACUUGCAGACUCAGGAGACGACACCAAAGGAUUCUUUGAUCCAAACACAAAGGAAAAUCUGACAUACCUUCAGCUGAUGGGACGAUGUGUUAUCGACCCAGCCACUGGACUCUGCCUGCUACCUCUUAUGGAACAGUCAGGUGGUCGGAAUCAUCAUUUCAUCGACUAUCAAAGCAAACUUAACUUCAAAGAAGUGAGAGUGAGGGUGACUUGUGGGAAGUACAUGGGAAUGAUUGUAUCCCUUUGGGAAUUGCUGAUGUCGGAAUACUUCAACGAGCAUCAGAGGCAAGACGUCAUUCGGCAAUACACACAGGGACACCUUACAAUGGAGAUGAUGAUCAGAAGAAUUAUGGAGGUUAUAGAGCAAUCAGUGAAAACAACCAACGUCGUCUUUGAAGGAAUCCGGGAGACUGUCACAGCAAAGCAGCUGGUAGAGGCAGAUAUCAUUAGCGAGAAAGUCCUGGAGCAACUCAACAAGGGGAAGAAGACAGUGAAGGAGGUCACAGAGGAUGAAACUGUUCAAAUGUACUUACAAGGGAAAGACAGCAUUGCAGGUGUGUUGCUUCCUGAUUCUCAGAUCAUGACAAUCUACCAGGCCAGACAAAAGGGAAAACUAAUGCCAGGAACUGCACUGAUUCUACUGGAAGCUCAAGCAGCAACAGGCUUCAUCAUUGACCCUAUUGCCAAUAGAAAGUUUUCAGUGGAUGAGGCAGUGAAGGCAAACAUAGUGGGACCUGACCUUCAUGGAAAGCUGCGUUCAGCAGAGAAAGCAGUGACUGGUUACAAAGAUCCAUACACUGGCAAAACCAUCUCUCUGUUCCAAGCCAUGCAGAAAGACCUCAUCUUACAAGACCACGGAAUUCGUCUGCUGGAGGCACAGAUUGCCACUGGAGGAAUCAUUGACCCUCUUAACAGCCAUCGUAUUCCUGUCCAUGUAGCCUACAAGAGGGGAUAUUUCAAUGAGGAAAUGAAUCAGAUUCUUGACGAUCCAAGUGAUGACACGAAGGGCUUCUUUGACCCCAACACUCAUGAAAACCUCACUUACCUGAAGCUCUUGGCUAGGUGUGUCACUGAUCCAAGCACAGGCCUUUGUCUUCUGCCACUCAAAGGCAAAAGCAAUAGAGUCAACAUACAAGAUCACAUAAAGGAGACAUUCCAAGCUACAAAUGUCACUGUUAAGUACGGCAGGUUCAGCUGCAAGCAUGUAACACUCUGGGAUCUCAUCAACUCUGAAUAUCUGUGUGAGGACAAAAGGCAGGAAUUAUUCAAACUGUACAAGUUAAGGACGAUCACAAUCAAGGAAAUCAUUGUAAUUAUCCUGGAAAUCAUUGAAAGCAAGGAGAUAAAGUGGCAAGCCGGUCUUAACUUUGAGGGUCUGAGGGGGAAUGUUUCUGUUGUGGACCUUUUGAGGUUGGAAAUUGUGGACGAAAAGACAUACACAAGUCUGAUUGAAGGGAAACUGACCAACAAGGAUAUAAUGAAGAUAGACACAGUUAGAACCUAUCUGAGAGGAAACAGCUGUGUAGCCGGGGUGAUACUCCAACCCUCCAGUCAAAAACUGAGCAUCUAUGAGGCCAAGAAAAAGGGCAUCCUGACUCCUGGUACUGCGCUAUCUCUUCUGGAAGCACAAGCUGCCACAGGCUUUAUCAUUGACCCUCUUCACAACCAGAAACUGACUGUGGAUCAUGCUCUUAAAGAGAAGAUAAUUGGCCCAGAGCUGUACGAAAAGCUCUUAUCAGCAGAGAAGGCAGUAACUGGCUACACAGACCCCUACACUGAUAAAAAGAUCUCACUCUUCCAAGCCAUGAAGAAAGAUCUGAUCCUGCAGCAGCAUGGCAUUCGUUUACUUGAAGCCCAGAUUGCAACAGGUGGCAUCAUUGACCCAUUGAAUUGUCUUCAUUUGCCCCUUGAAGUUGCUUACAGAAAGGGAUACUUUGAUGCAGAGCUUAAUCAAAUCCUGACAGAUCCCAGUGAUGACACCAAGGGAUUUUUUGACCCAAGGACACAAGCAAACUUGACCUACAUGGAAAUGAUGGAGCAGUGCAUAAAGGACCCAGAGACGGGUCUGUUUCUUCUGCCACUGAUGGACAAAACUAAAACACAGGAUGAAACUGAAAAAAUGUACUCAGACGCUGAGAUUAAACAGGAGUUUGAAAAGACAACUGUUAGCAUAUCAGUAGGGCGUUAUUCAGGAAAGACAGUCUCUCUUUGGUAUUUGAUUCACUCUGGAUACUUUACUGAUGAUCAGAGACUCCAGUUCCUUGAAAAAUACAGAACAAAGAAGAUGAACAUACAAGUAAUAAUCACUUUGGUCAUUUCCACCAUUACAAAACUGGAAGAGAACGAAACUCUGAAAACAACAAUAGGUUUGAGAAAGCCUGUCUCUGCAAAACAACUAUUGAAAUCAAGCAUAAUCGAUGUCAAUACCUUCAAGAGUUUGGAGGAAGGAAAAGUAACUCUCGAACAAGUGACCAAACUGGAAUCUGUGAAGCAAUACCUAAGGGGUACAGGAAGUAUUGCUGGCAUCCAGAUUCUUCCAUCCAAAAAAGUCAUGAGCAUUUAUGAGGCAAAGCUGCAAGGUUUGCUAACACCUGGUACUGCACUGAAACUGCUUGAGGCUCAGGCUGCAACAGGGUUUGUCAUCGAUCCAAUCAAGAACACAUAUUUAUCUGUUGAUGAGGCCGCAAGAGAACGACUAAUUGGACUAGAAAUACAUGAAAAACUACUCUCGGCUGAACGAGCAGUCACUGGAUAUGUAGAUCCAUACACAGAUGACACAAUAUCUUUAUUUGAAGCCAUGAAAAAAGAUCUGAUCGAGAAAGGCCACGGGAUACAUCUGCUAGAAGCACAAAUUGCAACAGGGGGAAUAAUUGACCCAGUCAACAGCUACAGGAUACCUUCUCAUGUCGCCAAGAAAAAUGGCUACCUUGAUGACGAAACAAGUGAAGUUAUGUCUAAUCCAAAAGAUGACACAAAAGGAUUCUUUGACCCCAACACCAAGGAAAACCUAACAUACCUUCAGCUAAGAGAGAGGUGUGAAAAGGAUUCUCAGACAGGACUUUUACUCCUACCAUUACAUGUAGAAGCUGGAGGUGACUUUCACACAGAUGAACAAACAGAGCAGGAAUUCAAAGACAAAGUUGUGGUCAUCAAUGCAGGUAAAUUUGAAGACAAACAAGUGUCACUGUGGGAUGUGUUAAUCUCUGAAUAUAUUUCAAAACAGAAGAGAGAGCAGCUCUUGAAACAGUACAAGACAAGAUCAUUGACAAUGAAAGAGAUAAUAGAAAUAGUCAGCAUAAUAAUACAGGAAGUGACAUCAAAACAAAUGAAGUUCAAAGGACUGAGGAAGCAGGUAUCAGCAAGUGAGCUUUAUGAGUCACAAAUCAUCUCAAAGGAACUAUUCACUCAGAUUAUCCAUGGAGAAGUUACUGAAGAGACGGUAGGGGAAAUGGAAUCUAUUCAAAAGUACCUUGGGGCAACAAAUUGCAUUGCAGGAGUAAGAAUUGAAUCCACCAAAAAAGUGUCUCUAUGGGAUCUCCUCUACUCAAAAUACAUCACAGAGGAGAGAAGGAGAGAGCUUGUGCAGCAGUAUAAAUCUGGAGCAAUCCCUAUUGAACGCUUCAUGGAGAUUAUCCUAGCAAAUAUUCAACAAAAGACUACCACCACAAUAACCACAUCAUCUUCAGUGACAACAUGCACACCACCACCUGAGACAAAGUCAGAGAAAACAACCAUUACCACAACAACCACAGAGACAAGCUUCCAUGGUAUCAGGAAGGAUGUCACCGCUGGCGAGCUGCUUGCCUCAAAAAUCAUUGACAAGAAACUCUAUGAAGACCUCAACACAGGAAAAGUCACAGUGAACCAAGUGAGUGAAAUGGACUCAGUACACAAGUACCUGGAGGGAACUAAUAGCAUUGCAGGUGUAUAUGUUCAGUCCACCAAACAGACCAUGAGCAUCUACGAGGCCAAAUCCAAAGGUCUUCUAACUCCUGGAACCUCCCUGGUUCUGCUGGAGGCUCAAGCUGCCACUGGAUUUGUCAUUGACCCAGUGAAGAACAAGAAGCUCUCUGUAGAAGAGGCAGCCGCUCAAGGUGUGGUUGGGAACGAGUGGAAGAACAAACUGCUUUCAGCAGAGAGGGCAGUCACUGGAUACAAAGAUCCCUACACAGGAAACACUAUUUCCUUGUUCCAGGCCUUGAAAAAGGAUCUAAUUGUCAAGGACCAUGGAAUUCGCCUUCUUGAGGCACAGAUUGCAACUGGUGGAAUCAUCGAUCCAGUGUACAGUCAUAGAGUGCCAGUAGAGGUGGCGUACCAGAGAGGAUACUUUGAUGAGGAAAUGAACCAGAUCCUCGAUGACCCUGACGAUGACACCAAGGGCUUUUUUGACCCCAACACACAAGAGAACCUCACCUACCUGCAGCUUGUGGAGAGGUGUGUGACAGACCCAGAUACUGGCCUUAGCUUACUCGUAAUUGUCAAAAAAGGAGAGUUUUACUUCUUCAUUGAUGAGCAAACCAAGAACAUUCUAAAGGCUAUGACAACAACUAAGGCCGGAGGCAAAUUUCAAGGACAGAAAGUGUCUCUAUGGGAUCUCCUCUACUCAAAAUACAUCACAGAGGAGAGAAGGAGAGAGCUUGUGCAGCAGUAUAAAUCUGGAGCAAUCCCUAUUGAACGCUUCAUGGAGAUUAUCCUAGCAAAUAUUCAACAAAAGACUACCACCACAAUAACCACAACAUCUUCAGUGACAACAUGCACACCACCACCUGAGACAAAGUCAGAGAAAACAACCAUUACCACAACAACCACAGAGACAAGCUUCCAUGGUAUCAGGAAGGAUGUCACCGCUGGCGAGCUGCUUGCCUCAAAAAUCAUUGACAAGAAACUCUAUGAAGACCUCAACACAGGAAAAGUCACAGUGAACCAAGUGAGUGAAAUGGACUCAGUACACAAGUACCUGGAGGGAACUAAUAGCAUUGCAGGUGUAUAUGUUCAGUCCACCAAACAGACCAUGAGCAUCUACGAGGCCAAAUCCAAAGGUCUUCUAACUCCUGGAACCUCCCUGGUUCUGCUGGAGGCUCAAGCUGCCACUGGAUUUGUCAUUGACCCAGUGAAGAACAAGAAGCUCUCUGUAGAAGAGGCAGCCGCUCAAGGUGUGGUUGGGAACGAGUGGAAGAACAAACUGCUUUCAGCAGAGAGGGCAGUCACUGGAUACAAAGAUCCCUACACAGGAAACACUAUUUCCUUGUACCAGGCCUUGAAAAAGGAUCUAAUUGUCAAGGACCAUGGAAUUCGCCUUCUUGAGGCACAGAUUGCAACUGGUGGAAUCAUCGAUCCAGUGUACAGUCAUAGAGUGCCAGUAGAGGUGGCGUACCAGAGAGGAUACUUUGAUGAGGAAAUGAACCAGAUCCUCGAUGACCCUGACGAUGACACCAAGGGCUUUUUUGACCCCAACACACAAGAGAACCUCACCUACCUGCAGCUUGUGGAGAGGUGUGUGACAGACCCAGAUACUGGCCUUAGCUUACUCGUAAUUGUCAAAAAAGGAGAGUUUUACUUCUUCAUUGAUGAGCAAACCAAGAACAUUCUAAAGGCUAUGACAACAACUAAGGCCGGAGGCAAAUUUCAAGGACAGAAAGUGUCUCUAUGGGAUCUCCUCUACUCAAAAUACAUCACAGAGGAGAGAAGGAGAGAGCUUGUGCAGCAGUAUAAAUCUGGAGCAAUCCCUAUUGAACGCUUCAUGGAGAUUAUCCUAGCAAAUAUUCAACAAAAGACUACCACCACAAUAACCACAACAUCUUCAGUGACAACAUGCACACCACCACCUGAGACAAAGUCAGAGAAAACAACCAUUACCACAACAACCACAGAGACAAGCUUCCAUGGUAUCAGGAAGGAUGUCAGCGCUGGCGAGCUGCUUGCCUCAAAAAUCAUUGACAAGAAACUCUAUGAAGACCUCAACACGGGAAAAGUCACAGUGAACCAAGUGAGUGAAAUGGACUCAGUACACAAGUACCUGGAGGGAACUAAUAGCAUUGCAGGUGUAUAUGUUCAGUCCACCAAACAGACCAUGAGCAUUUACGAGGCCAAAUCCAAAGGUCUUCUAACUCCUGGAACCUCCCUGGUUCUGCUGGAGGCUCAAGCUGCCACUGGAUUUGUCAUUGACCCAGUGAAGAACAAGAAGCUCUCUGUAGAAGAGGCAGCCGCUCAAGGUGUGGUUGGGAACGAGUGGAAGAACAAACUGCUUUCAGCAGAGAGGGCAGUCACUGGAUACAAAGAUCCCUACACAGGAAACACUAUUUCCUUGUUCCAGGCCUUGAAAAAGGAUCUAAUUGUCAAGGACCAUGGAAUUCGCCUUCUUGAGGCACAGAUUGCAACUGGUGGAAUCAUCGAUCCAGUGUACAGUCAUAGAGUGCCAGUAGAGGUGGCGUACCAGAGAGGAUACUUUGAUGAGGAAAUGAACCAGAUCCUCGAUGACCCUGACGAUGACACCAAGGGCUUUUUUGACCCCAACACACAAGAGAACCUCACCUACCUGCAGCUUGUGGAGAGGUGUGUGACAGACCCAGAUACUGGCCUUAGCUUACUCGUAAUUGUCAAAAAAGGAGAGUUUUACUUCUUCAUUGAUGAGCAAACCAAGAACAUUCUAAAGGCUAUGACAACAACUAAGGCCGGAGGCAAAUUUCAAGGACAGAAAGUGUCUCUAUGGGAUCUCCUCUACUCAAAAUACAUCACAGAGGAGAGAAGGAGAGAGCUUGUGCAGCAGUAUAAAUCUGGAGCAAUCCCUAUUGAACGCUUCAUGGAGAUUAUCCUAGCAAAUAUUCAACAAAAGACUACCACCACAAUAACCACAACAUCUUCAGUGACAACAUGCACACCACCACCUGAGACAAAGUCAGAGAAAACAACCAUUACCACAACAACCACAGAGACAAGCUUCCAUGGUAUCAGGAAGGAUGUCAGCGCUGGCGAGCUGCUUGCCUCAAAAAUCAUUGACAAGAAACUCUAUGAAGACCUCAACACGGGAAAAGUCACAGUGAACCAAGUGAGUGAAAUGGACUCAGUACACAAGUACCUGGAGGGAACUAAUAGCAUUGCAGGUGUAUAUGUUCAGUCCACCAAACAGACCAUGAGCAUCUACGAGGCCAAAUCCAAAGGUCUUCUAACUCCUGGAACCUCCCUGGUUCUGCUGGAGGCUCAAGCUGCCACUGGAUUUGUCAUUGACCCAGUGAAGAACAAGAAGCUCUCUGUAGAAGAGGCAGCCGCUCAAGGUGUGGUUGGGAACGAGUGGAAGAACAAACUGCUUUCAGCAGAGAGGGCAGUCACUGGAUACAAAGAUCCCUACACAGGAAACACUAUUUCCUUGUUCCAGGCCUUGAAAAAGGAUCUAAUUGUCAAGGACCAUGGAAUUCGCCUUCUUGAGGCACAGAUUGCAACUGGUGGAAUCAUCGAUCCAGUGUACAGUCAUAGAGUGCCAGUAGAGGUGGCGUACCAGAGAGGAUACUUUGAUGAGGAAAUGAACCAGAUCCUCGAUGACCCUGACGAUGACACCAAGGGCUUUUUUGACCCCAACACACAAGAGAACCUCACCUACCUGCAGCUUGUGGAGAGGUGUGUGACAGACCCAGAUACUGGCCUUAGCUUACUCGUAAUUGUCAAAAAAGGAGAGUUUUACUUCUUCAUUGAUGAGCAAACCAAGAACAUUCUAAAGGCUAUGACAACAACUAAGGCCGGAGGCAAAUUUCAAGGACAGAAAGUGUCUCUAUGGGAUCUCCUCUACUCAAAAUACAUCACAGAGGAGAGAAGGAGAGAGCUUGUGCAGCAGUAUAAAUCUGGAGCAAUCCCUAUUGAACGCUUCAUGGAGAUUAUCCUAGCAAAUAUUCAACAAAAGACUCCCACCACAAUAACCACAACAUCUUCAGUGACAACAUGCACACCACCACCUGAGACAAAGUCAGAGAAAACAACCAUUACCACAACAACCACAGAGACAAGCUUCCAUGGUAUCAGGAAGGAUGUCACCGCUGGCGAGCUGCUUGCCUCAAAAAUCAUUGACAAGAAACUCUAUGAAGACCUCAACACAGGAAAAGUCACAGUGAACCAAGUGAGUGAAAUGGACUCAGUACACAAGUACCUGGAGGGAACUAAUAGCAUUGCAGGUGUAUAUGUUCAGUCCACCAAACAGACCAUGAGCAUCUACGAGGCCAAAUCCAAAGGUCUUCUAACUCCUGGAACCUCCCUGGUUCUGCUGGAGGCUCAAGCUGCCACUGGAUUUGUCAUUGACCCAGUGAAGAACAAGAAGCUCUCUGUAGAAGAGGCAGCCGCUCAAGGUGUGGUUGGGAACGAGUGGAAGAACAAACUGCUUUCAGCAGAGAGGGCAGUCACUGGAUACAAAGAUCCCUACACAGGAAACACUAUUUCCUUGUUCCAGGCCUUGAAAAAGGAUCUAAUUGUCAAGGACCAUGGAAUUCGCCUUCUUGAGGCACAGAUUGCAACUGGUGGAAUCAUCGAUCCAGUGUACAGUCAUAGAGUGCCAGUAGAGGUGGCGUACCAGAGAGGAUACUUUGAUGAGGAAAUGAACCAGAUCCUCGAUGACCCUGACGAUGACACCAAGGGCUUUUUUGACCCCAACACACAAGAGAACCUCACCUACCUGCAGCUUGUGGAGAGGUGUGUGACAGACCCAGAUACUGGCCUUAGCUUACUCGUAAUUGUCAAAAAAGGAGAGUUUUACUUCUUCAUUGAUGAGCAAACCAAGAACAUUCUAAAGGCUAUGACAACAACUAAGGCCGGAGGCAAAUUUCAAGGACAGAAAGUGUCUCUAUGGGAUCUCCUCUACUCACAAUACAUCACAGAGGAGAGAAGGAGAGAGCUUGUGCAGCAGUAUAAAUCUGGAGCAAUCCCUAUUGAACGCUUCAUGGAGAUUAUCCUAGCAAAUAUUCAACAAAAGACUACCACCACAAUAACCACAACAUCUUCAGUGACAACAUGCACACCACCACCUGAGACAAAGUCAGAGAAAACAACCAUUACCACAACAACCACAGAGACAAGCUUCCAUGGUAUCAGGAAGGAUGUCACCGCUGGCGAGCUGCUUGCCUCAAAAAUCAUUGACAAGAAACUCUAUGAAGACCUCAACACGGGAAAAGUCACAGUGAACCAAGUGAGUGAAAUGGACUCAGUACACAAGUACCUGGAGGGAACUAAUAGCAUUGCAGGUGUAUAUGUUCAGUCCACCAAACAGACCAUGAGCAUCUACGAGGCCAAAUCCAAAGGUCUUCUAACUCCUGGAACCUCCCUGGUUCUGCUGGAGGCUCAAGCUGCCACUGGAUUUGUCAUUGACCCAGUGAAGAACAAGAAGCUCUCUGUAGAAGAGGCAGCCGCUCAAGGUGUGGUUGGGAACGAGUGGAAGAACAAACUGCUUUCAGCAGAGAGGGCAGUCACUGGAUACAAAGAUCCCUACACAGGAAACACUAUUUCCUUGUUCCAGGCCUUGAAAAAGGAUCUAAUUGUCAAGGACCAUGGAAUUCGCCUUCUUGAGGCACAGAUUGCAACUGGUGGAAUCAUCGAUCCAGUGUACAGUCAUAGAGUGCCAGUAGAGGUGGCGUACCAGAGAGGAUACUUUGAUGAGGAAAUGAACCAGAUCCUCGAUGACCCUGACGAUGACACCAAGGGCUUUUUUGACCCCAACACACAAGAGAACCUCACCUACCUGCAGCUUGUGGAGAGGUGUGUGACAGACCCAGAUACUGGCCUUAGCUUACUCGUAAUUGUCAAAAAAGGAGAGUUUUACUUCUUCAUUGAUGAGCAAACCAAGAACAUUCUAAAGGCUAUGACAACAACUAAGGCCGGAGGCAAAUUUCAAGGACAGAAAGUGUCUCUAUGGGAUCUCCUCUACUCAAAAUACAUCACAGAGGAGAGAAGGAGAGAGCUUGUGCAGCAGUAUAAAUCUGGAGCAAUCCCUAUUGAACGCUUCAUGGAGAUUAUCCUAGCAAAUAUUCAACAAAAGACUACCACCACAAUAACCACAACAUCUUCAGUGACAACAUGCACACCACCACCUGAGACAAAGUCAGAGAAAACAACCAUUACCACAACAACCACAGAGACAAGCUUCCAUGGUAUCAGGAAGGAUGUCACCGCUGGCGAGCUGCUUGCCUCAAAAAUCAUUGACAAGAAACUCUAUGAAGACCUCAACACAGGAAAAGUCACAGUGAACCAAGUGAGUGAAAUGGACUCAGUACACAAGUACCUGGAGGGAACUAAUAGCAUUGCAGGUGUAUAUGUUCAGUCCACCAAACAGACCAUGAGCAUCUACGAGGCCAAAUCCAAAGGUCUUCUAACUCCUGGAACCUCCCUGGUUCUGCUGGAGGCUCAAGCUGCCACUGGAUUUGUCAUUGACCCAGUGAAGAACAAGAAGCUCUCUGUAGAAGAGGCAGCCGCUCAAGGUGUGGUUGGGAACGAGUGGAAGAACAAACUGCUUUCAGCAGAGAGGGCAGUCACUGGAUACAAAGAUCCCUACACAGGAAACACUAUUUCCUUGUUCCAGGCCUUGAAAAAGGAUCUAAUUGUCAAGGACCAUGGAAUUCGCCUUCUUGAGGCACAGAUUGCAACUGGUGGAAUCAUCGAUCCAGUGUACAGUCAUAGAGUGCCAGUAGAGGUGGCGUACCAGAGAGGAUACUUUGAUGAGGAAAUGAACCAGAUCCUCGAUGACCCUGACGAUGACACCAAGGGCUUUUUUGACCCCAACACACAAGAGAACCUCACCUACCUGCAGCUUGUGGAGAGGUGUGUGACAGACCCAGAUACUGGCCUUAGCUUACUCGUAAUUGUCAAAAAAGGAGAGUUUUACUUCUUCAUUGAUGAGCAAACCAAGAACAUUCUAAAGGCUAUGACAACAACUAAGGCCGGAGGCAAAUUUCAAGGACAGAAAGUGUCUCUAUGGGAUCUCCUCUACUCAAAAUACAUCACAGAGGAGAGAAGGAGAGAGCUUGUGCAGCAGUAUAAAUCUGGAGCAAUCCCUAUUGAACGCUUCAUGGAGAUUAUCCUAGCAAAUAUUCAACAAAAGACUACCACCACAAUAACCACAACAUCUUCAGUGACAACAUGCACACCACCACCUGAGACAAAGUCAGAGAAAACAACCAUUACCACAACAACCACAGAGACAAGCUUCCAUGGUAUCAGGAAGGAUGUCACCGCUGGCGAGCUGCUUGCCUCAAAAAUCAUUGACAAGAAACUCUAUGAAGACCUCAACACAGGAAAAGUCACAGUGAACCAAGUGAGUGAAAUGGACUCAGUACACAAGUACCUGGAGGGAACUAAUAGCAUUGCAGGUGUAUAUGUUCAGUCCACCAAACAGACCAUGAGCAUCUACGAGGCCAAAUCCAAAGGUCUUCUAACUCCUGGAACCUCCCUGGUUCUGCUGGAGGCUCAAGCUGCCACUGGAUUUGUCAUUGACCCAGUGAAGAACAAGAAGCUCUCUGUAGAAGAGGCAGCCGCUCAAGGUGUGGUUGGGAACGAGUGGAAGAACAAACUGCUUUCAGCAGAGAGGGCAGUCACUGGAUACAAAGAUCCCUACACAGGAAACACUAUUUCCUUGUUCCAGGCCUUGAAAAAGGAUCUAAUUGUCAAGGACCAUGGAAUUCGCCUUCUUGAGGCACAGAUUGCAACUGGUGGAAUCAUCGAUCCAGUGUACAGUCAUAGAGUGCCAGUAGAGGUGGCGUACCAGAGAGGAUACUUUGAUGAGGAAAUGAACCAGAUCCUCGAUGACCCUGACGAUGACACCAAGGGCUUUUUUGACCCCAACACACAAGAGAACCUCACCUACCUGCAGCUUGUGGAGAGGUGUGUGACAGACCCAGAUACUGGCCUUAGCUUACUCGUAAUUGUCAAAAAAGGAGAGUUUUACUUCUUCAUUGAUGAGCAAACCAAGAACAUUCUAAAGGCUAUGACAACAACUAAGGCCGGUGGCAAAUUUCAAGGACAGAAAGUGUCUCUAUGGGAUCUCCUCUACUCAAAAUACAUCACAGAGGAGAGAAGGAGAGAGCUUGUGCAGCAGUAUAAAUCUGGAGCAAUCCCUAUUGAACGCUUCAUGGAGAUUAUCCUAGCAAAUAUUCAACAAAAGACUACCACCACAAUAACCACAACAUCUUCAGUGACAACAUGCACACCACCACCUGAGACAAAGUCAGAGAAAACAACCAUUACCACAACAACCACAGAGACAAGCUUCCAUGGUAUCAGGAAGGAUGUCACCGCUGGCGAGCUGCUUGCCUCAAAAAUCAUUGACAAGAAACUCUAUGAAGACCUCAACACAGGAAAAGUCACAGUGAACCAAGUGAGUGAAAUGGACUCAGUACACAAGUACCUGGAGGGAACUAAUAGCAUUGCAGGUGUAUAUGUUCAGUCCACCAAACAGACCAUGAGCAUCUACGAGGCCAAAUCCAAAGGUCUUCUAACUCCUGGAACCUCCCUGGUUCUGCUGGAGGCUCAAGCUGCCACUGGAUUUGUCAUUGACCCAGUGAAGAACAAGAAGCUCUCUGUAGAAGAGGCAGCCGCUCAAGGUGUGGUUGGGAACGAGUGGAAGAACAAACUGCUUUCAGCAGAGAGGGCAGUCACUGGAUACAAAGAUCCCUACACAGGAAACACUAUUUCCUUGUUCCAGGCCUUGAAAAAGGAUCUAAUUGUCAAGGACCAUGGAAUUCGCCUUCUUGAGGCACAGAUUGCAACUGGUGGAAUCAUCGAUCCAGUGUACAGUCAUAGAGUGCCAGUAGAGGUGGCGUACCAGAGAGGAUACUUUGAUGAGGAAAUGAACCAGAUCCUCGAUGACCCUGACGAUGACACCAAGGGCUUUUUUGACCCCAACACACAAGAGAACCUCACCUACCUGCAGCUUGUGGAGAGGUGUGUGACAGACCCAGAUACUGGCCUUAGCUUACUCGUAAUUGUCAAAAAAGGAGAGUUUUACUUCUUCAUUGAUGAGCAAACCAAGAACAUUCUAAAGGCUAUGACAACAACUAAGGCCGGAGGCAAAUUUCAAGGACAGAAAGUGUCUCUAUGGGAUCUCCUCUACUCAAAAUACAUCACAGAGGAGAGAAGGAGAGAGCUUGUGCAGCAGUAUAAAUCUGGAGCAAUCCCUAUUGAACGCUUCAUGGAGAUUAUCCUAGCAAAUAUUCAACAAAAGACUACCACCACAAUAACCACAACAUCUUCAGUGACAACAUGCACACCACCACCUGAGACAAAGUCAGAGAAAACAACCAUUACCACAACAACCACAGAGACAAGCUUCCAUGGUAUCAGGAAGGAUGUCACCGCUGGCGAGCUGCUUGCCUCAAAAAUCAUUGACAAGAAACUCUAUGAAGACCUCAACACGGGAAAAGUCACAGUGAACCAAGUGAGUGAAAUGGACUCAGUACACAAGUACCUGGAGGGAACUAAUAGCAUUGCAGGUGUAUAUGUUCAGUCCACCAAACAGACCAUGAGCAUCUACGAGGCCAAAUCCAAAGGUCUUCUAACUCCUGGAACCUCCCUGGUUCUGCUGGAGGCUCAAGCUGCCACUGGAUUUGUCAUUGACCCAGUGAAGAACAAGAAGCUCUCUGUAGAAGAGGCAGCCGCUCAAGGUGUGGUUGGGAACGAGUGGAAGAACAAACUGCUUUCAGCAGAGAGGGCAGUCACUGGAUACAAAGAUCCCUACACAGGAAACACUAUUUCCUUGUUCCAGGCCUUGAAAAAGGAUCUAAUUGUCAAGGACCAUGGAAUUCGCCUUCUUGAGGCACAGAUUGCAACUGGUGGAAUCAUCGAUCCAGUGUACAGUCAUAGAGUGCCAGUAGAGGUGGCGUACCAGAGAGGAUACUUUGAUGAGGAAAUGAACCAGAUCCUCGAUGACCCUGACGAUGACACCAAGGGCUUUUUUGACCCCAACACACAAGAGAACCUCACCUACCUGCAGCUUGUGGAGAGGUGUGUGACAGACCCAGAUACUGGCCUUAGCUUACUCGUAAUUGUCAAAAAAGGAGAGUUUUACUUCUUCAUUGAUGAGCAAACCAAGAACAUUCUAAAGGCUAUGACAACAACUAAGGCCGGAGGCAAAUUUCAAGGACAGAAAGUGUCUCUAUGGGAUCUCCUCUACUCAAAAUACAUCACAGAGGAGAGAAGGAGAGAGCUUGUGCAGCAGUAUAAAUCUGGAGCAAUCCCUAUUGAACGCUUCAUGGAGAUUAUCCUAGCAAAUAUUCAACAAAAGACUACCACCACAAUAACCACAACAUCUUCAGUGACAACAUGCACACCACCACCUGAGACAAAGUCAGAGAAAACAACCAUUACCACAACAACCACAGAGACAAGCUUCCAUGGUAUCAGGAAGGAUGUCACCGCUGGCGAGCUGCUUGCCUCAAAAAUCAUUGACAAGAAACUCUAUGAAGACCUCAACACAGGAAAAGUCACAGUGAACCAAGUGAGUGAAAUGGACUCAGUACACAAGUACCUGGAGGGAACUAAUAGCAUUGCAGGUGUAUAUGUUCAGUCCACCAAACAGACCAUGAGCAUCUACGAGGCCAAAUCCAAAGGUCUUCUAACUCCUGGAACCUCCCUGGUUCUGCUGGAGGCUCAAGCUGCCACUGGAUUUGUCAUUGACCCAGUGAAGAACAAGAAGCUCUCUGUAGAAGAGGCAGCCGCUCAAGGUGUGGUUGGGAACGAGUGGAAGAACAAACUGCUUUCAGCAGAGAGGGCAGUCACUGGAUACAAAGAUCCCUACACAGGAAACACUAUUUCCUUGUUCCAGGCCUUGAAAAAGGAUCUAAUUGUCAAGGACCAUGGAAUUCGCCUUCUUGAGGCACAGAUUGCAACUGGUGGAAUCAUCGAUCCAGUGUACAGUCAUAGAGUGCCAGUAGAGGUGGCGUACCAGAGAGGAUACUUUGAUGAGGAAAUGAACCAGAUCCUCGAUGACCCUGACGAUGACACCAAGGGCUUUUUUGACCCCAACACACAAGAGAACCUCACCUACCUGCAGCUUGUGGAGAGGUGUGUGACAGACCCAGAUACUGGCCUUAGCUUACUCGUAAUUGUCAAAAAAGGAGAGUUUUACUUCUUCAUUGAUGAGCAAACCAAGAACAUUCUAAAGGCUAUGACAACAACUAAGGCCGGUGGCAAAUUUCAAGGACAGAAAGUGUCUCUAUGGGAUCUCCUCUACUCAAAAUACAUCACAGAGGAGAGAAGGAGAGAGCUUGUGCAGCAGUAUAAAUCUGGAGCAAUCCCUAUUGAACGCUUCAUGGAGAUUAUCCUAGCAAAUAUUCAACAAAAGACUACCACCACAAUAACCACAACAUCUUCAGUGACAACAUGCACACCACCACCUGAGACAAAGUCAGAGAAAACAACCAUUACCACAACAACCACAGAGACAAGCUUCCAUGGUAUCAGGAAGGAUGUCACCGCUGGCGAGCUGCUUGCCUCAAAAAUCAUUGACAAGAAACUCUAUGAAGACCUCAACACAGGAAAAGUCACAGUGAACCAAGUGAGUGAAAUGGACUCAGUACACAAGUACCUGGAGGGAACUAAUAGCAUUGCAGGUGUAUAUGUUCAGUCCACCAAACAGACCAUGAGCAUCUACGAGGCCAAAUCCAAAGGUCUUCUAACUCCUGGAACCUCCCUGGUUCUGCUGGAGGCUCAAGCUGCCACUGGAUUUGUCAUUGACCCAGUGAAGAACAAGAAGCUCUCUGUAGAAGAGGCAGCCGCUCAAGGUGUGGUUGGGAACGAGUGGAAGAACAAACUGCUUUCAGCAGAGAGGGCAGUCACUGGAUACAAAGAUCCCUACACAGGAAACACUAUUUCCUUGUUCCAGGCCUUGAAAAAGGAUCUAAUUGUCAAGGACCAUGGAAUUCGCCUUCUUGAGGCACAGAUUGCAACUGGUGGAAUCAUCGAUCCAGUGUACAGUCAUAGAGUGCCAGUAGAGGUGGCGUACCAGAGAGGAUACUUUGAUGAGGAAAUGAACCAGAUCCUCGAUGACCCUGACGAUGACACCAAGGGCUUUUUUGACCCCAACACACAAGAGAACCUCACCUACCUGCAGCUUGUGGAGAGGUGUGUGACAGACCCAGAUACUGGCCUUAGCUUACUCGUAAUUGUCAAAAAAGGAGAGUUUUACUUCUUCAUUGAUGAGCAAACCAAGAACAUUCUAAAGGCUAUGACAACAACUAAGGCCGGAGGCAAAUUUCAAGGACAGAAAGUGUCUCUAUGGGAUCUCCUCUACUCAAAAUACAUCACAGAGGAGAGAAGGAGAGAGCUUGUGCAGCAGUAUAAAUCUGGAGCAAUCCCUAUUGAACGCUUCAUGGAGAUUAUCCUAGCAAAUAUUCAACAAAAGACUACCACCACAAUAACCACAACAUCUUCAGUGACAACAUGCACACCACCACCUGAGACAAAGUCAGAGAAAACAACCAUUACCACAACAACCACAGAGACAAGCUUCCAUGGUAUCAGGAAGGAUGUCACCGCUGGCGAGCUGCUUGCCUCAAAAAUCAUUGACAAGAAACUCUAUGAAGACCUCAACACGGGAAAAGUCACAGUGAACCAAGUGAGUGAAAUGGACUCAGUACACAAGUACCUGGAGGGAACUAAUAGCAUUGCAGGUGUAUAUGUUCAGUCCACCAAACAGACCAUGAGCAUCUACGAGGCCAAAUCCAAAGGUCUUCUAACUCCUGGAACCUCCCUGGUUCUGCUGGAGGCUCAAGCUGCCACUGGAUUUGUCAUUGACCCAGUGAAGAACAAGAAGCUCUCUGUAGAAGAGGCAGCCGCUCAAGGUGUGGUUGGGAACGAGUGGAAGAACAAACUGCUUUCAGCAGAGAGGGCAGUCACUGGAUACAAAGAUCCCUACACAGGAAACACUAUUUCCUUGUUCCAGGCCUUGAAAAAGGAUCUAAUUGUCAAGGACCAUGGAAUUCGCCUUCUUGAGGCACAGAUUGCAACUGGUGGAAUCAUCGAUCCAGUGUACAGUCAUAGAGUGCCAGUAGAGGUGGCGUACCAGAGAGGAUACUUUGAUGAGGAAAUGAACCAGAUCCUCGAUGACCCUGACGAUGACACCAAGGGCUUUUUUGACCCCAACACACAAGAGAACCUCACCUACCUGCAGCUUGUGGAGAGGUGUGUGACAGACCCAGAUACUGGCCUUAGCUUACUCGUAAUUGUCAAAAAAGGAGAGUUUUACUUCUUCAUUGAUGAGCAAACCAAGAACAUUCUAAAGGCUAUGACAACAACUAAGGCCGGAGGCAAAUUUCAAGGACAGAAAGUGUCUCUAUGGGAUCUCCUCUACUCAAAAUACAUCACAGAGGAGAGAAGGAGAGAGCUUGUGCAGCAGUAUAAAUCUGGAGCAAUCCCUAUUGAACGCUUCAUGGAGAUUAUCCUAGCAAAUAUUCAACAAAAGACUACCACCACAAUAACCACAACAUCUUCAGUGACAACAUGCACACCACCACCUGAGACAAAGUCAGAGAAAACAACCAUUACCACAACAACCACAGAGACAAGCUUCCAUGGUAUCAGGAAGGAUGUCACCGCUGGCGAGCUGCUUGCCUCAAAAAUCAUUGACAAGAAACUCUAUGAAGACCUCAACACAGGAAAAGUCACAGUGAACCAAGUGAGUGAAAUGGACUCAGUACACAAGUACCUGGAGGGAACUAAUAGCAUUGCAGGUGUAUAUGUUCAGUCCACCAAACAGACCAUGAGCAUCUACGAGGCCAAAUCCAAAGGUCUUCUAACUCCUGGAACCUCCCUGGUUCUGCUGGAGGCUCAAGCUGCCACUGGAUUUGUCAUUGACCCAGUGAAGAACAAGAAGCUCUCUGUAGAAGAGGCAGCCGCUCAAGGUGUGGUUGGGAACGAGUGGAAGAACAAACUGCUUUCAGCAGAGAGGGCAGUCACUGGAUACAAAGAUCCCUACACAGGAAACACUAUUUCCUUGUUCCAGGCCUUGAAAAAGGAUCUAAUUGUCAAGGACCAUGGAAUUCGCCUUCUUGAGGCACAGAUUGCAACUGGUGGAAUCAUCGAUCCAGUGUACAGUCAUAGAGUGCCAGUAGAGGUGGCGUACCAGAGAGGAUACUUUGAUGAGGAAAUGAACCAGAUCCUCGAUGACCCUGACGAUGACACCAAGGGCUUUUUUGACCCCAACACACAAGAGAACCUCACCUACCUGCAGCUUGUGGAGAGGUGUGUGACAGACCCAGAUACUGGCCUUAGCUUACUCGUAAUUGUCAAAAAAGGAGAGUUUUACUUCUUCAUUGAUGAGCAAACCAAGAACAUUCUAAAGGCUAUGACAACAACUAAGGCCGGAGGCAAAUUUCAAGGACAGAAAGUGUCUCUAUGGGAUCUCCUCUACUCAAAAUACAUCACAGAGGAGAGAAGGAGAGAGCUUGUGCAGCAGUAUAAAUCUGGAGCAAUCCCUAUUGAACGCUUCAUGGAGAUUAUCCUAGCAAAUAUUCAACAAAAGACUACCACCACAAUAACCACAACAUCUUCAGUGACAACAUGCACACCACCACCUGAGACAAAGUCAGAGAAAACAACCAUUACCACAACAACCACAGAGACAAGCUUCCAUGGUAUCAGGAAGGAUGUCACCGCUGGCGAGCUGCUUGCCUCAAAAAUCAUUGACAAGAAACUCUAUGAAGACCUCAACACAGGAAAAGUCACAGUGAACCAAGUGAGUGAAAUGGACUCAGUACACAAGUACCUGGAGGGAACUAAUAGCAUUGCAGGUGUAUAUGUUCAGUCCACCAAACAGACCAUGAGCAUCUACGAGGCCAAAUCCAAAGGUCUUCUAACUCCUGGAACCUCCCUGGUUCUGCUGGAGGCUCAAGCUGCCACUGGAUUUGUCAUUGACCCAGUGAAGAACAAGAAGCUCUCUGUAGAAGAGGCAGCCGCUCAAGGUGUGGUUGGGAACGAGUGGAAGAACAAACUGCUUUCAGCAGAGAGGGCAGUCACUGGAUACAAAGAUCCCUACACAGGAAACACUAUUUCCUUGUUCCAGGCCUUGAAAAAGGAUCUAAUUGUCAAGGACCAUGGAAUUCGCCUUCUUGAGGCACAGAUUGCAACUGGUGGAAUCAUCGAUCCAGUGUACAGUCAUAGAGUGCCAGUAGAGGUGGCGUACCAGAGAGGAUACUUUGAUGAGGAAAUGAACCAGAUCCUCGAUGACCCUGACGAUGACACCAAGGGCUUUUUUGACCCCAACACACAAGAGAACCUCACCUACCUGCAGCUUGUGGAGAGGUGUGUGACAGACCCAGAUACUGGCCUUAGCUUACUCGUAAUUGUCAAAAAAGGAGAGUUUUACUUCUUCAUUGAUGAGCAAACCAAGAACAUUCUAAAGGCUAUGACAACAACUAAGGCCGGUGGCAAAUUUCAAGGACAGAAAGUGUCUCUAUGGGAUCUCCUCUACUCAAAAUACAUCACAGAGGAGAGAAGGAGAGAGCUUGUGCAGCAGUAUAAAUCUGGAGCAAUCCCUAUUGAACGCUUCAUGGAGAUUAUCCUAGCAAAUAUUCAACAAAAGACUACCACCACAAUAACCACAACAUCUUCAGUGACAACAUGCACACCACCACCUGAGACAAAGUCAGAGAAAACAACCAUUACCACAACAACCACAGAGACAAGCUUCCAUGGUAUCAGGAAGGAUGUCACCGCUGGCGAGCUGCUUGCCUCAAAAAUCAUUGACAAGAAACUCUAUGAAGACCUCAACACAGGAAAAGUCACAGUGAACCAAGUGAGUGAAAUGGACUCAGUACACAAGUACCUGGAGGGAACUAAUAGCAUUGCAGGUGUAUAUGUUCAGUCCACCAAACAGACCAUGAGCAUCUACGAGGCCAAAUCCAAAGGUCUUCUAACUCCUGGAACCUCCCUGGUUCUGCUGGAGGCUCAAGCUGCCACUGGAUUUGUCAUUGACCCAGUGAAGAACAAGAAGCUCUCUGUAGAAGAGGCAGCCGCUCAAGGUGUGGUUGGGAACGAGUGGAAGAACAAACUGCUUUCAGCAGAGAGGGCAGUCACUGGAUACAAAGAUCCCUACACAGGAAACACUAUUUCCUUGUUCCAGGCCUUGAAAAAGGAUCUAAUUGUCAAGGACCAUGGAAUUCGCCUUCUUGAGGCACAGAUUGCAACUGGUGGAAUCAUCGAUCCAGUGUACAGUCAUAGAGUGCCAGUAGAGGUGGCGUACCAGAGAGGAUACUUUGAUGAGGAAAUGAACCAGAUCCUCGAUGACCCUGACGAUGACACCAAGGGCUUUUUUGACCCCAACACACAAGAGAACCUCACCUACCUGCAGCUUGUGGAGAGGUGUGUGACAGACCCAGAUACUGGCCUUAGCUUACUCGUAAUUGUCAAAAAAGGAGAGUUUUACUUCUUCAUUGAUGAGCAAACCAAGAACAUUCUAAAGGCUAUGACAACAACUAAGGCCGGAGGCAAAUUUCAAGGACAGAAAGUGUCUCUAUGGGAUCUCCUCUACUCAAAAUACAUCACAGAGGAGAGAAGGAGAGAGCUUGUGCAGCAGUAUAAAUCUGGAGCAAUCCCUAUUGAACGCUUCAUGGAGAUUAUCCUAGCAAAUAUUCAACAAAAGACUACCACCACAAUAACCACAACAUCUUCAGUGACAACAUGCACACCACCACCUGAGACAAAGUCAGAGAAAACAACCAUUACCACAACAACCACAGAGACAAGCUUCCAUGGUAUCAGGAAGGAUGUCACCGCUGGCGAGCUGCUUGCCUCAAAAAUCAUUGACAAGAAACUCUAUGAAGACCUCAACACGGGAAAAGUCACAGUGAACCAAGUGAGUGAAAUGGACUCAGUACACAAGUACCUGGAGGGAACUAAUAGCAUUGCAGGUGUAUAUGUUCAGUCCACCAAACAGACCAUGAGCAUCUACGAGGCCAAAUCCAAAGGUCUUCUAACUCCUGGAACCUCCCUGGUUCUGCUGGAGGCUCAAGCUGCCACUGGAUUUGUCAUUGACCCAGUGAAGAACAAGAAGCUCUCUGUAGAAGAGGCAGCCGCUCAAGGUGUGGUUGGGAACGAGUGGAAGAACAAACUGCUUUCAGCAGAGAGGGCAGUCACUGGAUACAAAGAUCCCUACACAGGAAACACUAUUUCCUUGUUCCAGGCCUUGAAAAAGGAUCUAAUUGUCAAGGACCAUGGAAUUCGCCUUCUUGAGGCACAGAUUGCAACUGGUGGAAUCAUCGAUCCAGUGUACAGUCAUAGAGUGCCAGUAGAGGUGGCGUACCAGAGAGGAUACUUUGAUGAGGAAAUGAACCAGAUCCUCGAUGACCCUGACGAUGACACCAAGGGCUUUUUUGACCCCAACACACAAGAGAACCUCACCUACCUGCAGCUUGUGGAGAGGUGUGUGACAGACCCAGAUACUGGCCUUAGCUUACUCGUAAUUGUCAAAAAAGGAGAGUUUUACUUCUUCAUUGAUGAGCAAACCAAGAACAUUCUAAAGGCUAUGACAACAACUAAGGCCGGUGGCAAAUUUCAAGGACAGAAAGUGUCUCUAUGGGAUCUCCUCUACUCAAAAUACAUCACAGAGGAGAGAAGGAGAGAGCUUGUGCAGCAGUAUAAAUCUGGAGCAAUCCCUAUUGAACGCUUCAUGGAGAUUAUCCUAGCAAAUAUUCAACAAAAGACUACCACCACAAUAACCACAACAUCUUCAGUGACAACAUGCACACCACCACCUGAGACAAAGUCAGAGAAAACAACCAUUACCACAACAACCACAGAGACAAGCUUCCAUGGUAUCAGGAAGGAUGUCACCGCUGGCGAGCUGCUUGCCUCAAAAAUCAUUGACAAGAAACUCUAUGAAGACCUCAACACGGGAAAAGUCACAGUGAACCAAGUGAGUGAAAUGGACUCAGUACACAAGUACCUGGAGGGAACUAAUAGCAUUGCAGGUGUAUAUGUUCAGUCCACCAAACAGACCAUGAGCAUCUACGAGGCCAAAUCCAAAGGUCUUCUAACUCCUGGAACCUCCCUGGUUCUGCUGGAGGCUCAAGCUGCCACUGGAUUUGUCAUUGACCCAGUGAAGAACAAGAAGCUCUCUGUAGAAGAGGCAGCCGCUCAAGGUGUGGUUGGGAACGAGUGGAAGAACAAACUGCUUUCAGCAGAGAGGGCAGUCACUGGAUACAAAGAUCCCUACACAGGAAACACUAUUUCCUUGUUCCAGGCCUUGAAAAAGGAUCUAAUUGUCAAGGACCAUGGAAUUCGCCUUCUUGAGGCACAGAUUGCAACUGGUGGAAUCAUCGAUCCAGUGUACAGCCAUAGAGUGCCAGUAGAGGUGGCGUACCAGAGAGGAUACUUUGAUGAGGAAAUGAACCAGAUCCUCGAUGACCCUGACGAUGACACCAAGGGCUUUUUUGACCCCAACACACAAGAGAACCUCACCUACCUGCAGCUUGUGGAGAGGUGUGUGACAGACCCAGAUACUGGCCUUAGCUUACUCGUAAUUGUCAAAAAAGGAGAGUUUUACUUCUUCAUUGAUGAGCAAACCAAGAACAUUCUAAAGGCUAUGACAACAACUAAGGCCGGAGGCAAAUUUCAAGGACAGAAAGUGUCUCUAUGGGAUCUCCUCUACUCAAAAUACAUCACAGAGGAGAGAAGGAGAGAGCUUGUGCAGCAGUAUAAAUCUGGAGCAAUCCCUAUUGAACGCUUCAUGGAGAUUAUCCUAGCAAUUAUUCAACAAAAGACUACCACCACAACUACCACAACAUCUUCAGUGACAACAUGCACACCACCACCUGAGACAAAGUCAGAGAAAACAACCAUUACCACAACAACCACAGAGAUAAGCUUCCAUGGUAUCAGGAAGAAUGUCACCGCUGGCGAGCUGCUUGCCUCAAAAAUCAUUGACAAGAAACUCUAUGAAGACCUCAACACAGGAAAAGUCACAGUGAACCAAGUGAGUGAAAUGGACUCAGUACACAAGUACCUGGAGGGAACUAAUAGCAUUGCAGGUGUAUAUGUUCAGUCCACCAAACAGACCAUGAGCAUCUACGAGGCCAAAUCCAAAGGUCUUCUAACUCCUGGAACCUCUCUGGUUCUGCUGGAGGCUCAAGCUGCCACUGGAUUUGUCAUUGACCCAGUGAAGAACAAGAAGCUCUCUGUAGAAGAGGCAGCUGCUCAAGGUGUGGUUGGGAACGAGUGGAAGAACAAACUGCUUUCAGCAGAGAGGGCAGUCACUGGAUACAAAGAUCCCUACACAGGAAACACUAUUUCCUUGUUCCAGGCCUUGAAAAAGGAUCUAAUUGUCAAGGACCAUGGAAUUCGCCUUCUUGAGGCACAGAUUGCAACUGGUGGAAUCAUCGAUCCAGUGUACAGUCAUAGAGUGCCAGUAGAGGUGGCGUACCAGAGAGGAUACUUUGAUGAGGAAAUGAACCAGAUCCUCGAUGACCCUGACGAUGACACCAAGGGCUUUUUUGACCCAAACACACAAGAGAACCUCACCUAUCUGCAGCUUCUGGAGAGGUGUGUGAGGGACCCAGGCACUGGUCUUAGCUUUCUGUCUCUGAAUAAAUAAGCUUUAUAAGAUUUGUCGUAAAAUCGUCAUCAAAGAUGUGCAGAUAUAAUUCAGAAGUAUUUUCAUUAAAUUUUAUAUGCAUUCCAUUAUAUUUUAUUACAUGUAAUUGCUUUCGGUGUUGAUGGGGAGAUUUUUUUUGAAUAUCAUUUAAUAAAAGUGAUUUUUAAAGUGAA